AUGGGCGCGACGCACUCAUCCCACCUGACUCCGCACGUUACCCACUUGUUGGUCGGCGACCCGGACACGGAAAAGUACAAGUAUGUUGCGCGUCAUCGAAACGACGUGGCCGUGGUGAAGCCGGAAUGGAUCGAAGCAGUUCGGCAGCCGUGGAUGCAGGGCGAGGACACGGACAUUCGGGCCCUACAGGAGCAGCACAAAUACCCCGUGUUUGGCGGUCUCACUAUUUGCAUAACUGGAUUUGAGGACAAGGGGUUCAGGAAAUACAUGGAGCAGACGGCCAUCGAGAACGGCGCGGAAUUCAGGACGGAUUUGACCAAGAGCGUCACGCAUCUCGUUGCACGCAACGGAGAGGGCGAGAAAUACAAGUACGCGACGCAAUGGAAUGUCACGGUAGUGACGUUGAAGUGGUUCACCGACUGUCUCGAGCGCGGCAUGAUCCUUGACGCGAAUCCCUAUCAUCCAAUGGUACCGCUAGAGAAGCAGGGCGCGGGUGCAUGGGAACGACCCUUAGUGGUAGCCAAAGGACAAUCUGGGGGUGAGAGAACUGCUACCGUGGAACUUUCAUCCAAUCCUCGACCUCGAAAGCUACGCCGUACAGCAAGUACGAAAUUGGUCGGUCAAAAUGAAGGUAUCUGGGGUGAUAUUGUUGGCACUGGCUUUGCAACCCACCAGGCAAAAGGAGUCCAAAAUGGUCAACAACAAGGACGUGACCCAACAAGCUCUCGAUCUGUACCUGUUAUCCAAGCAGCAACAUCAUUUGCUAGCGAGUCUGCAUUCUCCGGAGCCAUAGAGGCUCCUCAACUACCACCCGAAACCAAAACUGCAACCAGCGCCGAGGGAUUUCUACAAGGUUCAUAUUUCUUAAUCAGCGGCUUCUCUUCCAAGCAGACGGGUGUCUUGCGCCAUCAUCUUCAAUUCAACGGCGCUCAGCUGGUAGAUUCACUCAGCGAGUUCUCUCGUCCUACAAUUCCGAAAACAGGUCGAGGGCUAUACAUCAUGGUUCCUUACAAGACCCCCAGAUCCGAGAUACCCUCAACCGAUGACAUGGCAUUCGAGUGCGAGAUCGUAACAGAUAUGUGGCUGGAAAGGUGUCUUGAUGCAAGAACGCUGGUCCCUCCAGAAUCACAUGUGGCAAGCACUCCGUUUCCCAAAUUCCCCAUACCAGGUUUCUCGGGAAUGCGGAUAUGCUCCACCGGGUUUGCUCGCAUCGAUCUUCUACACUUAUCCAAACUGGUUGAUCUGAUGGGCGCCUCGUACGAUGAAUUCUUGACGCCAAAAGCAUCUGUUCUCAUAUGCAAUGACCCCCAGUCAGCAAGCCACGAGAAGCUACGGCACACUAGCGAAUGGGGAGUACCUGCAGUAUCUGCAGACUGGCUUUGGAUAUCCAUCCAAAUAGGCCAGAAGAAACCCUUUGAACCAUAUAUUGUUCGGCGCCCAUUAUCCCGGAGUGGUAGCGGAGCGGAGAAGCCACACUCCAAGCCAAACUCUGUCAAUGUGGACCAAAAACAGCAACAGAAGGUCAAUGCUCAAGCAGAAAGGGCGUCCAAUUCCAGCUCAGAUUCUGCACAGAAGGGGAGAGCUGACAAGCGCGUGGCAUCAAGAAAACGCGACACGAAUCUGGGUGACGGGUUCUCAAGGGAGGAUCAACCCAAGCCCGACAACCCACCCAAGCCAUCUGUCCCGGCAUCUCGCUCUCCUUCGCCUGGUAAUGCCCCCAGCAAAGAUGACACCGCUACCAAGCCGUCCGAGUCCGACCAGGCAGCAUCUGCCGCUGCACCCUCCGCCCUCGACAUCGCGAUGAGUGGACUCCUCCAACAAGCACGAGCCGCUAAAUCUCGCGCUCAAACCGAGACCACCGCCAGCGAAACCAACGAAGAUGGCAGCUAUCCCCCACGGCGAAAGCGCAAACCCCUUCUCGGCCGCGCCCCAUCCCACUCCUCAACCCGAGUACUCGAAGCGCCCGGAGGCGCAGGAGGCCGACCAGUCUCCCGCGCGAGCUCAAUCGACACCCUAAAUGAUGACGGCGUGGGCAGCGCCCUAGAAAGCAAUCCCACGCGCGACAACUCCAUGUCGCGCACAAACAGCCGCGCGAAUGAGCAGAGCCUCUCAUCGAUGUUCAGCGGCGGGAAACUGGAGACUUUCCUGGCCGACCAGUUCCCCUCACACCUCGAGGCCGAAGACGAAGAGAACCACGAGCCUCCGCCCAUGACGCAGCUGGACUAUGAGGAUCCGGAUGCUGCGGCCAUGCGGGCUGAGUUUCUCAGUCGAGCGGGCAAGUUGCCCGGGAAGAAGAAUGGUGCGGCGGCUGCUCCUGAUCCCGGUGUGUUGGUUGGUCAGGUUAGGGAAUUGGAGGAUAUCGGGUGGGGUUCUAAACGGAGGACGAGGAAGACGGCUGCAAAGGCUGAUGAUGAGGAUGGGUUGUUCUAG